GCCUAUCAACCUAUACAUCAUUCAUAGCCCAACAAAAUUACAGUCAAAAUGUACCCAUCCACCGUUAUGACCGCUCAAAUUCCCGACGUGAAGCCCACACUAUUCGGCCUGUCGUCACCUAGAUCCCCGACGAAAGGUUAUACCUGUGCAUUUCCCUCAUGGCCUAGCAGGCCGUGCCUCGACCGGCGUAUGCCGUGGGAAGACGGCGACGAUGACGAUGACGAAGAAUCGCAUGAGUGCGUUGGGAGGAAGGACAGGAGAUGUGCUUGCCCUACCGCCACCGCCACCGCGGCGCCAGUGUCGUCGCCGACAGAGAGAUGGGAUGGAAGAUCGGUUUCCAGCACUUGUACAUCUUCAACUUCAUCCACUUCUACCUCAACACACGUAACGGAGGGAAAAGUAGAAGCGCUAAUCAACGGCUUCGAGAAAUUGCCCCUCCAACCCCGCUCCCCGAAGGCCCCCUCCAGACCAGCGAGGUCGUUGUUGUCGUUAGCGAUCCUAGGAAAGGCGGGGGGGGAUAUGUGAUGGAGCCGCAUGGCAUCAUACCUCACACCUUACCUGUCACUUUUUUCUUUUUCCCUUUACUUUUCUCUCCCUAUCCUUUUUCGUCUUGUCCUUUUUCCGGGACCGAGGAGGGGGGGGAAAUAGGAUACUCAGUACCGGUGCAAUAGAGUGGGGGGGUUGGCUUGGUAUUUAUGGUGGGGGAUCCCGGAGAGGUUUCUCCGAGUCCGGAAUUAAGUGAGGGGAAUUUACUCGUACCAUCGCCUGAUAUUAUCGAGUGUAAUUUGCCGCACGAGCACCGUGCCCUGUGAGUGAUAUCCCAUUUCCUCUACAAGUACUUGUUUUGUUUUUUUGCCCCUCCUCUUUUACCCCUCCCUCCCUCCGUUCCCCCCUCUCAGGGGUUCGCCGGGACGUGGAUUGCGGGAGUUUUCCGUUCGCUCGACAAUUGCCUCGGCCGGAAUGGUCUUGCUGAUCUGAUUGCUGUGAAGUGUCAGAUUGAUUGAAUAAUUACCGGUCGGUCGGUGUUUCCCUUGGAUGAUGCUCGAGUGUCUCCGCAGCGCUGUACCGUACCAUACCUCCGCACCACACCCCGCUGCCGAUAUGAUAGCAUACUUUUAAUUACGGCACACUGUACCACAACCCCAUGAGGCGAACCCCACCCCCUCUUCUCCACCCCCACCUCCACCCUUGCACAACACCCACAGUUCGAGUCCUGGAGCGGUGGUAGCACAGUACGUGCAACAACCCCACAACCAACACCCAACCACUCCGCCAAGAAAUGUGCCUGAAUACCUCUCCACCGCAUCCCCCUCCCUCAUCCAUCCAUUCACAUCCGCUCUCGCCAUCUGUAGCUAGCGCGGGGCCUAGCCGAUUACACCACCGCGUGUUUGCCCCAACCACUUGACUUGCGAAAGUACUGUCGCCGUCGAUUAUCCAACACGAUAUGAUAUCCAGUCUCAUUGCCAACCCACGGAUCCGAAAUUGCACGGAUAGUUUUGUGGGGGUGCACGACGGAGCAUCCGACGGACGGAAGGACUUGGUCGCUACUCGUACUGUAGGGUUACCGGCCGGUAUGUGAUGUGAUGUGACCAGAUGCGAUGGAUGGGUGGAUACGGGAGCAGAAGGGAAGGAAGGUGCUCGUAAAAGCUUGAAGCGAAGCGAGGGUGCACGGAUGAGAUGGUGGGGACGUGCUCUGCAUGAUGUUUUCCUUUCGAAUCGAUUUGUUAUUGCUGGGAGAAGAUGGCGUACCGUAGCGUGAAUUUUGGAUUACACGGGUAGACAUACCAUACAGUGGCAUACCCUAGAUGGAUUUCCAUUCUAGCGUUCUGUAAUUAGUACCUGUACUUUUUAGUUAGUCUGUCGUGAGCGUCGAUGGUACAAUAGAGACGAGGAUGAAGAAGAAAAAUAUUUGUCAUUUCCAAAGAGCCACGUUUGCGAUAGAGUUUAUUAUCAGAGAAGUUAGACAUAUAACUACGGUUCAUUGUUCCACCAUAGCGCACUGUGCUGUGCUGUACUCGAGUACUGUACUCCAUCGUGAGCCUACAGUGCCGUACGGUACCAUAUCUCGCCAUAUCCUCCCUCCCUCAUACUCGAGUACCGGUAUCUUGUAUCCGGCGAUAGGUAUCUUGAAAAUACGACUUGUGUCACAUAACCGCUCAAAUUACCGUACCACAAAAAAAAAGAAGAAAAACAAAACAAAACAACGGCUGUUUCCCCAGUUUCAGAUACUUCAUGCCGGAUACGAGUACUCGAGUACAUGUACAGCACUGGUAAGUUACAAAACACCGGCACUGAGCUGUAGCGAGUGAGCGAGCGAGGUUUAGUCUUAGGGCGCGGUGCGCCCUGCGGCACAGUCCUGAUCGUCGAGAUAGGAUAGGAACCAACAAGAGUAACAACAGAGACAUUUUGAGAAAAAUAGAAAAAAGUAAUUGUGGUACAAGUAUGAAGCCACGAGUCUACAAGUACGAGUACUGC